AUGGCUGGACAAUUCACAGGAAACAAUGGUCUAAUAGCUCAAGGGGGACCAGUUAGGGAAUUUGUAGGGAAACAUGGAGGACACACUGUUAUCACGAAGAUACUUAUUGCAAACAACGGUAUUGCUGCCGUCAAAGAGAUAAGGUCAAUCCGAAAAUGGGCUUACGAAACAUUUGGAAACGAAAGAGCUAUUCAAUUCACCGUAAUGGCCACGCCCGAAGAUUUAAAAAUUAACGCGGAAUACAUUAGAAUGGCCGAUCAAUACAUCGAAGUGCCUGGCGGGCCAAAUAAUAACAACUAUGCAAACGUCGCCUUGAUAGUGGAUAUCGUCGAAAGGACAGGAGUAGAUGCUGUAUGGGCUGGAUGGGGUCAUGCAUCAGAGAAUCCUCGCUUACCAGAAGCUCUGUCUCGUGGCAAGGCCGUCUUUAUAGGCCCUCCUGGAUCGGCCAUGCGCUCACUCGGCGACAAAAUAUCUUCAACGAUAGUAGCCCAGUCUGCUGAUGUGCCCACUCUGGACUGGAGCGGUUCCAACAUUACUUCCAUCGAACAUGAUGCCGAUGGACAUGUCACUGUUCCACAGGCAGCAUACGAAAAAGCGUGUAUCAAAGAUGCAAACGAAGGCCUAAUAAUGGCAACAAGAAUAGGCUUUCCUGUAAUGAUUAAAGCAUCAGAAGGAGGCGGAGGAAAAGGGAUUAGAAAGGUAGAACACGCCGAUCAAUUCGAACAAGCGUUCGCACAAGUACAGGGAGAAGUGCCCGGAUCACCGAUAUUCAUAAUGAAACUAGCAAGAAAUUCUCGUCACCUGGAAGUGCAAGUACUCGCGGAUCAAUAUGGCAAUGCUAUCUCACUGUUUGGCAGAGAUUGCUCAGUGCAACGCAGACAUCAAAAGAUUAUCGAAGAAGCGCCGGUAACUGUGGCUAAGGGUGAAACAUUCGAAGCUAUGGAAAGAGCAGCCGUGCGUCUGGCUAAACUAGUUGGAUAUGUUAGUGCCGGCACCGUAGAAUAUCUCUACGAUUACGAUAGAGAUUACUUUUGUUUCUUGGAACUGAAUCCUCGCUUACAAGUCGAGCAUCCCACAACUGAGAUGGUAUCUGGCGUUAAUCUUCCCGCUGCUCAGUUGCAAAUAGCUAUGGGUAUUCCUUUACAUCGUAUACGGGAUAUAAGAGUAUUGUACGGGUUAGCACCAAACGGAACCUCCGAGAUUGACUUUGACUUUUCCAACUCGCAAUCUCUCCAAAAACAACGUAGACCAGCUCCAAAGGGUCACGUAAUAGCAGUCAGAAUAACGGCCGAAAAUCCAGAUGCUGGCUUUAAACCGUCAAGUGGAAUGAUGCACGAGCUAAAUUUCAGAAGUAGCACAAAUGUAUGGGGAUAUUUUUCAGUAAAUUCGGCCGGUGGUCUACAUGAAUUUGCAGACUCGCAGUUUGGGCAUAUAUUUGCGUAUGGAGAAAAUAGGCAGCAAUCACGUAAAAAUAUGAUUGUUGCGUUGAAGGAACUAUCUAUUCGGGGAGACUUUCGUACGACGGUAGAAUAUCUUAUCAAGUUAUUGGAAACGCAGGCAUUCGAGGAGAAUACAAUUACAACAGGUUGGUUAGACAUGUUAAUAUCGGACGAGAAUUUGACUGCUGAGAGACCAAAUACAAUGUUGGCUGUCAUAUGUGGCGCUGUUACCAAAGCCCACAAUGCAUCGGAAGAGUCGGUAUCAAUGUACGAAAGGUUCUUGGAGAAAGGCCAAACACCAAAUAAAGACAUCCUGCGCACUGUGUUUGCGAUUGACUUUAUAUACCAGAAUAUCAGAUACAAGUUCACCGUCACUAGAUCAGCACCGAAUUCAUUCACUCUGUACAUCAACGGAUCCAUAACACAGGUAUCCGUUAGGCCUUUAUCUGAUGGAGGGCUACUAGUUCUAUUGGAUGGCAAGAGCCAUACUUGUUAUUUCAGAGAAGAAGUACAGGGCACUCGCUUGAUGAUAGAUAGCAAAACGUGUCUAUUGGAACAAGAAAACGAUCCGACUCAAUUGCGAUCUCCAUCUCCGGGUAAAUUAGUAAGACUUCUUGUUGAGUCGGGUGAGCAUGUCAAGAAAGGGCAAUCGUAUGCUGAGAUAGAGGUGAUGAAGAUGUAUAUGCCCCUCAUUGCCACUGAAGACGGAACAGUACAAGUCAUCAAGCAGCCAAAUACGACGCUCGAAGCAGGAGAUAUCAUUGGAAUACUGACAUUGGAUGAUCCGAGUCGCGUUCGCCAUGCCCAACCGUUUGAAGGACAGCUGCCGCCUAUGGGACCACCUGUUAUUAUUGGAGACAAACCGCAUCAACGGUUGCAACAGGUGACAAAUGUGCUAGAAUACAUUUUAGAUGGAUAUGAUAAUCAGGCUAUGUUGCAAAGUAGUAUUAAAGAAUUAAUGGAGUUGCUGAGAAAUCCAGAGCUGCCCUAUCACGAGUUUGCUUCGGUUCUAUCAACUCUCUCUGGACGAAUUCCUGCAAAACUUGACUCCACACUACAUGAACGACUCUAUGAAUCACGCAAAAAUGGACAAGAAUUUCCUGCCAAAAAAUUAAAGGAAUUAAUCGAGUAUUACGGAAAUGAUCUUAUUGAUAUGGUCGAUUCAUCUACAUUUACGGCAUCAGUAGCUCCAUUAUUAGACGUCAUACAUCGAUAUAUCUCUGGACUCAAAGCACACGAAUGGUCCAAGAUUAUAUACUUUUUAAAUAAAUACUAUGAAGUGGAAGUACUAUUCUCGGCAACCAGCAAAAGAGAAGAAGAAGUAAUAUUACUAUUACGUGACCAAUUCAAAGAUAAUCUCAAACACGUAGUUCAGAUAGUACUAUCUCAUUCGAAAAUAGCUGCAAAGAAUAACCUAAUAAUGGGAUUAUUGGAGGAAGUUAAACCGGCAAGUGUUGGGCAAUCAUUCGAAAAACUUUUUAUUCCCAUGUUGAAAAAGUUGACCGAACUUGACAAGAGGCUAACAUCGAAAGUAGCAUUGAAAGCACGAGAAAUAUUGAUUCAUUGUCACUUGCCAUCAUAUGAAGAGCGAAUGUCACAAAUGGAACAAAUACUCAGGGCAGCUGUGAUAGAAAGUCAUUACGGUGACAAUGGAUACGACUAUCGUACACCCAGUUAUGAUUCACUGAAAGAACUGAUCGAUACAAAGUUUGCUGUCUUCGAUGUGCUUCCCAACUUUUUCUACCACCCAGAUGACUGGCUGCGUUUGGCCGCUUUGGAAGUGUACGUGCGUCGAGCAUAUCGAGCAUACCAGUUGUUAGGAGUCGAAUAUUAUACCAAUCAAACACCAUUUUUUGUCUCGUGGCUCUUCAUGCUUCAUCAAACUGAGGUUAGUCCAAGCACACCCCUACCUACUCCGACCGGUCGCCCCCAUGGAAUUAGAAGGGUAGCUUCAGUAUCCGAUAUGAGUUUUAUGGUCCCCCAGACAGAGAUGGAGCCCCCUCGCAUGGGAGUUAUGAUGUCCUGUAUAUCAAGUGAUGAGAUUGAAGCCAACCUUCCUCGUAUCCUAGCAGUGUUUCCCAAAGUACAUCAUGAGCAAGAGGGGAGAAAUAUCGCCGAGAAAGAAGAUAUUACAAACGUAUUGAAUAUAGCACUUAAACUUGAAGAUGAUCCAAUUGAGGAUGAGGUGCUAAAAGACAAGUUGCAAACGCUCAUACAAAAGCAUACUGCUGUUUUACGCGAAAGCGGCAUACGCCGUAUAUCGGUUGUCUUGUUCCGAAAAGAACAAUAUCCCGGAUACUUUACUUUCCGAGAGGCUAUGGGUUUCGUAGAGGAUCAAACUAUUAGACAUAUCGAACCGGCAAUGGCGUAUCAAUUAGAACUGGAGAGAUUAUCUAAUUUCGAUAUUAAGCCCGUUUUCACCGCGAACAGACAGAUUCAUUGCUAUUAUGCGGUUGGAAAAGAAAACACGUCUGAUUGUCGAUUCUUUAUACGCGCAUUGGUACGCCCUGGACGUAUACGCAAUACAGUUCAAACAGCUGAUUAUUUAAUUUCCGAAUCAGACAAGCUACUAAACGACAUCCUGGAUUCUCUGGAAAUUAUAAGCUCACAGUAUAAGAACUCGGAUUGCAACCACUUGUUUAUCAAUUUCAUUCCUACAUUCGUGCUAGAAUACCAACAGGUUGAAGACGCGCUUAAUGGAUUCAUCGAUCGACAUGGAAAACGCUUAUGGAGAUUAAGAGUCACUGGAGGAGAGAUACGCUUCAAGGUUGAAGAUGUUAAAAAACGCACUAGCUAUCCUCUGCGUGUUUUCAUCAACAACGUAUCGGGAUAUGUUCUACGAAUAGAGUCGUAUCAGGAAGUGAAGACUGAUCGCGGUGGAUGGAUUCUAAAGUCCAUUGGGAAGCAGGGUACGAUGCAUCUACAACCUAUUCACACUAAAUAUCCGACAAAGGAAUGGCUACAACCAAGGAGAUACAAAGCCCAUUUGAUGGGAACCACCUACGUAUACGAUUUUCCUGAAUUGUUUAGACAAGCAGUUCGUGUGCAAUGGAACAAGGCUACCCAUUAUAAAUCAGAUUUGAGUGUUCCAAAUGUUAUUCUAGAAGCAAUGGAACUUGCAAUGGAUGAAAGAGGUGGUUUACAAGAGGUUCAGCGAGAUCCAGGCACUAAUUCUUGCGGAAUGGUUGCGUGGGUUUUUACUUUAUACACUCCUGAAUACCCGAGAGGUCGGAAGAUUGUUGUCGUUGCAAAUGAUAUCACACAUCAAAUAGGCUCGUUCGGUCCAGCUGAAGAUAGAUUUUUCUAUAAAGCAUCCCAACUAGCUAGAGAGCUCGGUCUUCCAUUUGUGUACUUGUCUGCCAAUUCUGGUGCCCGCAUUGGUCUAGCCGAAGAGAUUAUCAAUCAUUUUAACGUUGCAUGGAUCGACAAGUCGAAUCCUACAAAAGGAAUGAAUUAUUUGUAUUUGACGCCGGAGGUGUACAAUCAAUUGAAUCAGAAUGAGAAAAAGAUUGUGAUUGCCGAGGAAGUUGUGGAAGACGAAGAACUGCGAUAUAAGAUUACGGACAUCAUCGGUGCGCGCGACGGACUGGGAGUGGAGUGUUUAAGAGGCUCUGGAUUAAUUGCAGGCGCCACUUCAAGAGCUUAUAAGGACAUAUUUACCAUUACUUUGGUUACAUGUCGAUCUGUUGGUAUCGGAGCAUAUCUUGUUCGCCUUGGUCAACGUACAAUACAAAACGAGGGUCAACCAAUAAUUUUAACAGGAGCGCCAGCUCUCAACAAAGUGCUCGGUCGAGAAGUCUAUACAUCAAACCUUCAAUUAGGCGGCACUCAGAUUAUGUUCAAGAACGGUGUCUCGCAUUUAACUGCUCAUAAUGAUCUCGAAGGUGUCACCAAAAUAAUCCAAUGGCUCGCAUAUAUACCUGCAUCGCGCGGGCUGCUCGUUCCAAUACUCCCUAAUUCCGAUCAUUGGGAUAGAGACGUUGAGUAUGAACCACCGAAGGGAGGAUACGAUCCCAGAUGGUUUCUCGCCGGCAGAUACGAGGUUGAGGAAGAUCCUAAUAGCUGGCAGAGUGGAUUCUUUGACCGUGGAUCAUUUAUGGAGACUCUUAGUGGAUGGGCUCGUACAGUUGUUGUAGGAAGAGCAAGAUUAGGAGGUAUUCCGAUGGGCGUCAUCGCUGUCGAGACACGUAUGGUGGAACAUGUUGUUCCCGCUGACCCUGCCAAUACCGAUUCUCAUGAGGAACUAUUGGUAGAAGCCGGUCAAGUAUGGUAUCCCAACUCGGCAUACAAGACUGCCCAGGCUAUCAAUGACUUUAAUAACGGGGAACACUUGCCGCUGAUGAUAUUUGCCAAUUGGCGAGGAUUUUCCGGAGGCCAACGUGACAUGUUUAACGAAGUACUCAAGUAUGGAUCAUAUAUCGUUGACGCACUUGUCAACUACAAGCAACCGGUGUUUGUCUAUAUCAUUCCAAACGGUGAACUUCGUGGCGGAGCAUGGGUUGUAGUCGAUCCUAGUAUUAAUAAGCAUAUAAUGGAGAUGUAUGCCGAUAAUAAGGCAAGAGCAGGCGUACUUGAGCCCGAAGGCAUAAUGGAGAUCAAAUUCCGGCAACCACAACUUUUGGCAACGAUGGAACGGUUAGAUGAUAAAUAUCGACAACUCAAGCAGGCUUUAAAUGAUUCUAAUUUGACCGAAGCCGAGAUACAAGCGAUUAAGGCACAACUUGAAGCGAGAAAAAACGAGCUGUUACCCGUAUACUCUCAGAUUGCUUUUCAAUUUGCUGAUUUACAUGAUACGCCAGGUCGAAUGAAAGCUAAAGGAUGCAUUCGUAAAUCACUCGAGUGGCGACAGUCGCGUAGAUUUUUCUACUGGAGAGUGAGAAGGCGUCUAUACGAAGAACACAUAUUCAAACUCAUUCAUGAAGCGAAUUCGUCUCUGAGUCGAGAUCGAAUGAAAAUAAUGAUAAAGACAUGGUUUCAUGAUGAUAAUUUCUCAGAAUGGGAUUGGGAAGAUUCAGAUCAGAAGGUCUAUGAGUGGCUAGAAAAGAUAAUUGGAAGCGUAAAUGGGCCGAGUAACAAGAAGCAUAAAAAUAAACUAAGUUCAUCGUUGGAUAAGAGUUCACUUGCGUUCCGGCUAGAGAAGAUUAGAACCGACGCAAUAAGUGACAAGAUUGCUACUUUGUCCAAGAUAUCUCAGAGCGCUGUUAUAGAAGGCGUAGGUAAAAUGUUUGAAGAAAUGAGCGUCGAAGAGAGGAAAGCAGCUUUGAAGAAGUUAUCAACCUACGUAAAUUCAAAGGGAUAA